UAUGAACGCGGAGUGGGUGACAAGGUCGUCCCUUCGGAUUUGAGACCAGGCCCUGUUCUCGUGAUGACGCUCAACUAUCUCUUCCACCAAUUACUACCUGAGAUUGGGUUCCAAGCCUCCGCUGGGUACAUCAGCGAUCGUACUCGCGCCGUGCGUUCGGACAUGACGAUUCAACACAUGACCAACAUCACGUCGAUGGAAAUCAACCACCGAAUAGCCCGCCACCACAUACUCGUCAUGCACCUUAUGCGGGGAACGAACUAUAAUGUCGCACUGGAGGAGCAGCGCCUGAUGAACACGCUGCAAACCCUCAAGGAAACCUACGAGGACUACCGCCAGCCUGAGAAGGAUCCCAACUACACCUCCCCUCACGAGAUUGAGAUGCGUGUAUACCAGCGGCUAUCCCACAUCCGCGACCAGGUCGUCCGCAAGGACUACAUCGCCCCGUCAAUCGCCUCGCACCCUGUCUUCAUCGCCGUCAACGACUUCCGGCAGCACGUGCAGAAGCUCAGCGCGCCGAUCUCGAAGACGAGCAAGCUUCUUGUCGACAAGGAGAACAAGAAGAGCCAGAAGAUCGAGACCGUCGGUCGCGACAAGUUCAUGCACCUCGUCCAGUUGCUGCAGCAGCUGCCGAACGGGCAGAUUGUUGUGUAUAUGGUGGUGUGCUUGAUGGAGUACCUGUUCAAGGAGAGCGAGUUGCAGCAUUUGGGGAUCACGGAUAUCGAGGCGUUGAGGGGGGAUUUGGAUUGGCCGGAUUUGAUCGAGGGUCUC